AUGAGUUUAGGUGCGCCUGAGGAAGUUUCAGCUUCGGAAAUUUCUCUCCCGGCUGAUAUAGAUUGGAAGAUGUUGGAUAAAUCCAAGUUUUUCUUACUUGGGGCAUUGCUAUUUUCAGGCGUUUCUGGCACACUUUAUCCUACUGUGGUGUUGAAAACGCGUCAGCAAGUGAAGUUGAAUCAGAUUUCGUCUCUGAAAAUGGCAAGUUCCAUUUUGAAAUUCGAGGGAUUCAGAGGAUUUUAUAGGGGAUUCGGGACUUCCCUUAUGGGAACGAUUCCUGCGCGCUCCCUUUACAUGGGGGCACUUGAAGUUACAAAGAGUAAUGUAGGCAAGGUUGCUAUUGGUCAGUUGGGAUUAUCCGAGGCCUCGGCCUCUGCUGUUGCCAAUGCUGCUGCAGGCCUAAGUGCAGCAAUGGCCGCGCAAUUGGUUUGGACACCUAUAGAUGUUGUGAGCCAGAGACUGAUGGUCCAAGGUGGUGCCCGUGGUUGUUCAGUUGGCUUGAAAACGUACAAUGGUGGGAUUGAUGCAUUUAGAAAGAUUAUAUAUGCUGAUGGAGUGAGGGGAUUGUACAGGGGAUUUGGGUUUUCAAUAUUGACUUAUGCGCCUUCCAGUGCUGUGUGGUGGGCUUCUUACUCUAUUGCGCAUAGGUUGAUUUGGGGAUGCAUAGGUUGUUAUGGCUGCAAGGACGAGAGUGGUUAUAGGUCGGAUGGGAAAGCAACUAUGGCAAUUCAGGGGUUGAGUUCUGCAUUCGCUAGUGGGGUGUCGGCUUUGGUUACGACGCCUCUCGACACUAUCAAAACGAGGUUGCAGGUUUUGGAUGGAGAAGGGAGUGGGCGUGGUCUAGCUCCAACAGUUUUACAGACGUUGAGGAACUUGGUUAAGGAAGGUGGAGUAAGUGCUUGUUACAGAGGUUUAGGUCCUAGGUGGGUUUCAAUGUCGAUGUCUUCAACGACCAUGAUCACCACGUACGAGUUUCUCAAACGGCUAUCGGCUAAAAAUCAAGAGAGUUUAGCUUGA